UUUAAACAAAUUCACCGGUGACCUUUAGGUGAAAUCAUGAGAAAAGCAGCCUUUAACGCACCUUUAGGCAACGCGGGCAACGCGCUAACCACGCGCUCUUCUGCGUAAUUAGAAGGAAAUUUCAGUACCUGAGGGGUAAUAUGUAAAUGCGCGAUACAUGUAUUAGUGUGCGUAUGAUAUUUCAAUACCGUUUACGCAUUUAAAAAAAAAUACAAAAAACAAAUUGUUUGCGCUAGGGAUUCGGUUUCGCUUUUUUGCACUAUUAAGAGGCCGAAAGUCGGCCACUUGGUUCCAAAAUACUUCCUACAAAGUGAGAGGUGAGAAGGUUCAGCAGGUUUUAAUAGAUAACCAAAAGAGAAAGCUGACCUGUCGGCGCUGGUCACUCACCCUGAGAGACUAUACAGCCUGGAGGGCUGAGCGACAACAAGACACAUUUUCAGGUGGAGGUUCCUAAUCUCCUCUUUAAAAAAAUCAAAUAAAAUCAAAUAAAUAACCCCCAAAAUCAGAUGCAAUUAACAUAAUAAUAAAAAAAAUUGACACGCAAAAUCGCAUUAAUUUAUACGUGCAUUUAAAAAUCAGGGCACAUAUGCAUCUGCGCAUGUUCCCAGAGCACCGUGGAUGGACCAGAAUAUUGUAAAUAUGUUACUUGUUAAAUUCCGAACUUUUCCGAGCAUCAAGACACUGCUAAGAUAUAAGUGUGAACGUCGGCCUGAGGUAAUUAAACAGUGCCUUUCCGUCUUUAAGGCGUUCGAAAGUGAAUGGAAGUUUGGUACAGAUUUACAUCACGCGCAUACAUGAAGCAGCAUUUGGCGUUUGGUCAACAAACCGUAUAUCAUCUCGGAGCAUAAAUCACGAUCCCGCAUUCCUUAUAUUCAUUCCACAGAAUUUUCUGUGUGAGGAGCUCAUCUUUGUAACGCGUCUGGCGAAAAGUCACAGCGUUUCUCGGGUUGAUCGAAAUACGGUAUCUGCGGCGAGACUAACGACGCAGUGUGUCGGAAAGCAGAGAAAUGCAAUUUGUUUGAAUUUCCCCUCUUCAAACUGGAUCUAGCGCGGUGCAUAUUUCAUGCAUUCGGUGUUACUACGAACGCUUCAUUGUUCAUUUUCAUUAUUCUCAUUAACUUGACAUAAGGCACGAUGUUCAAUGCCUAAAGUGGCCGUGAGAUUUCACAAUAUUGCAAUUGUUAUCAUUUCAAUACCUGCAUCAUACUAUAUUCUCGCCAUGUUAAAACGUAAUAGUUUAUUUUUUUAUUUUAUUAAUCGAUGUGACAGUUAACUGUGCGUUGAUUUCUGCAUAUCAAGCAGCCCACGUUUCAACCUGUAGUUUCUGGGCAAUUUCUGUAUGCGUUAAUGGUCAAUAAAUACACUAAACGUUAUUAAUAUCGCGAACAAACUACAAAAGAGAUCGGUUUUAUUCCCAUUUUAAAUAGAUAAAACUAGGCUUGCGCUCUGAAAAUAUAUUUCCAGCGUGCAAUAAAUAGUAUUCCCAGUAGGUGACGCUGUCCGCUUACAUGCAGCAAAUCCCUGCAAAGGGAGGAACACGUUGACUCGAGUCUAACGACUCCCCGUCUCGUCAUCAUUUGUAACCAUAGAGCAUGAAUUACCUCUUGAAGUCAUCAGUGAGAAUUUACGACUGGUCAACAAAAGCACGUGAUUCUCAAACGCACCCCCACCCCCAUAUUUGGCCGCAUACAUAGCAAAAACGAAGUACAGUGCAUUGCUAUAAUUCAUUAAUACAUCAUAAAUCGUGAAGCACAGCGUUAUAACGACCAAGAUCUACAAAUCAAGCCCUCUAAAACAACCUAAAUGAGCUCUUACUUUGUAAACUCGUUCUCAGGGCGCUACCCAAAUGGCCCUGACUAUCAGUUACUAAAUUAUGGAACUAGCAGCAGCGCUAUGAACGCCUCGUACAGGGACUCCGGCACCAUGCAUUCAGGCUCUUACGGCUACAACUACAAUGGAAUGGACCUAAGCGUCAAUCGUUCAACCAGCACUGGCCACUUUGGGGCGGUUGGGGACAACUCCCGGGUCUUCCAGUCUCCAGCCCCGGAGACGCGAUUCCGGCAGCCGUCAAGCUGCUCGCUCGCGUCUCCGGAGCCGCUGCCUUGUUCCAACAGCGAAAGCCUCGGACCCAAAGGCUCUUCGCCCCCUUCCGACCAAAGCACCACCACUGCGGGUAAUAAUCUAACCAACAACACACAUUUCACAGAAAUCGACGAGGCCAGCGCUUCUUCCGAGACCGAGGAGGCGUCGCACAGAGCGAACAACUCCGCGAACCGGACGCAACAGAAGCAAGAGACCACGGCGACCUCCACUACCUCGGCGACGUCCGACGGCCAAGCUCCCCAGAUAUUCCCCUGGAUGAGGAAACUACAUAUUAGCCAUGAUAUGACUGGACCAGACGGCAAAAGGGCCCGAACUGCGUACACCCGCUAUCAGACGCUAGAGCUGGAAAAAGAGUUCCAUUUCAAUAGAUACCUCACCCGGAGGAGGAGGAUAGAGAUAGCCCACGCUCUGUGCCUCUCGGAGCGUCAGAUUAAGAUAUGGUUCCAAAACCGGCGGAUGAAAUGGAAAAAGGACAAUAAACUGAAGAGCAUGAGUCUGGCUACCGCGGGCAGCGCUUUCCAGCCGUAGCCGUACCCCGUGCGCUGCUGCGUGGUGUGCAAGAGAAAAUCACGAGGAAAAAUAGGUCUCAAAACAUUACUUACAGAGUACUGUACAUCGCGGCACCUUUCGGCAUGUUAUGGAUGUUUUAGGCAUUUUAAAAUUCUACUGUGGUACUGCUAUAACGAAACGAAACGAUUAGUGUUCACAUGUUGUUCUUUUAAUACUAUGGUGACUAUGAUUUUGGCAAGUAAAUAAAACUGAAGGGGAAAGAAGCUACCAAUAUACCGCCUGAUGUUCUUGUUAUGAAUAUUGUUUAUGUGUCAAGUGCUAUGUUAAUGCUUUCUCGAGAGUUAGCAUGUGAGCUCUUAAAUGUUAUAACUUAUUUACCUAUACACGUGUAUACCUUUUGAGUUUACAGUUUAGAAACGCAUCUGCCCUUGUAUGAAGUGAAGCUCUAGUUUAGUGGCGGCUGCGGUACAUUCAGCAGAAGCCUCUGUAUAUUUCACGCUCCUCUGUUUAAUCAUUGUCUAAAUAAUCGCGUUCGAUUCGUCACGUGUUCAGAUUCUCCGAUUAUUUUGAGAAAGGAAGAAAAAAAAAAAAAAAAAAAAAAAAAGCUAAUGUGUAAAUAGCCCUCGCUAGGUUCUUGUACCCGUUCAUACGUGUGUAUAGUUGUAUUCCAAAUAUGUAAUUGUAUAUUACUGGAUCAUGUUUAUGUUCCAAAAAGGAUGUACAUAUUGAACAUUUUUAUUGUGAUCGGUUGGCUAUUUGUAGUAGGCAGAAUGAACGGCAAAAAAAAGAAAAAAGAAAUAAAAAAGCGAUGUCAUGUCGAACUGCCUGUUAGCAUUUUGCCAAAAAAGCUUUUUGUAUUUGUUUGUAGUUUAACUUGGAGUAAAAAAUAAAGUUCCUCAUAUUCAAAUCUGA